GUGAAAGUGAAAGUUAGUCUCAGACAGCAGAGCAGCAGACCUGACCAACCUCUGUUUAUCUCUGAAGGAAAAUUCAACUGAAUCUUCAGGUUUUUCUCAGCAAAACAUCAGAAUCUCUGACACACACUGUUCAGACUGAGCGAUGGACUCUGAAGCCGGCAAGACGAUGGAGGUGGCGGCACUCGGCCGGCCUUUCAGCCUCGGGAUGUUGUACGACUGCCGCAAAGACUCACUCAUCCCUGGAAUUACACUGUGGGACCACGAUGACCUGAUAAGAUAUAUACGAGAAAGACCGCAGAACUAUAAUGAUUUUGAGAUCGUUGCAUCUGAAUCAAUUGAGGACAAAUCUUCAGCACUAAACAUUGAAGCUUCCUUGAAGGCAAGUUUCUUGAGUGGACUGGUUGAAGUUGGAGGAUCGGCUAAAUACCUGAAUGACAAAAAGAUUUCCAAAAAUCAGGCCAGAGUAACUCUGAAGUACAAGGCUACCACAAAGGUCCAGGAACUGUCGAUGAAUCAUCUUGGAACAGCAAAUGUGAAGCAUCCAUAUGUCUUUGAUAAAGGAUUAGCAACACAUGUAGUUACAGCCAUUCUUUAUGGGGCACAAGCCUUCUUUGUCUUUGACCGUGAGGUUUCUGAAGAGGAAGAUCAUCAAGACAUUGAGGGGAACUUGAAGGUGAUGAUCAACAAGAUUCCCUGCAUUUCUAUAGGAGGUGAAGGUUCCCUGAAACUGGAAGACAAGGACAGAGCAAAUGUUGAGAAAUUCUCCUGCAGAUUCUUUGGAGACUUUGCUCUUGAAAAAAGUCCUGUGUCCUUUCAGGAUGCAGUAGAAGUCUACCAAAGCCUGCCAAGAUUACUGGGAGCCAACGGAGAAAAGGCUGUACCGAUGAAAGUCUGGCUGUUGCCACUGACAAGUUUAGAUUCUUCUGCUGCAAAACUGGUCCGUCAGAUAAGUAUAGGAUUAGUUCAGGAAUCACAGAGAGUCCUGGAGGACUUCAGUGAGCUGGAAAUGAGGUGCAAUGACACAAUGAGAACCACCACCGCACAGCAGUUCCCACAGAUUGGCAAAAAGAUUAAAACCUUUAAAGAGAUGUGCUCUGAGUUCAAACUGGGAUUCCAACAAAACUUGGCAAAGAAACUUCCAUCAAUCCGAGGAGGAGGAGAAGAGGAGGCUGUGCUCGCAGAGAUCCUGAAGAAGAGACAUUCUUCUCCUUUCAACAGCAAAGACCUGAACGAGUGGUUGGACUGUAAAGAGAGAGAAGUCUACACCUUAAUGUCUUUAACCAACAUGAUGAAAAACACCAAGAUCAUCCCGUCUCAAACACACCUGUACAGGGAAACCCUCAGUGCAGAGCAUGCUGUGUGUUUUGUUUUCACCUCCCUGGGAAGUGCUGAACCGUACCUCUCAGCUUUAUCUAACUACUUAAAACAAACAGCCGAACCAGACAACCCUCAAGAUGUAGAGAAGGAACAAUGGUUCACCUCAAAAGAAAUAACAGAUGCAAUGAGGAAUAAAGCAAAGCUCUUCAGUGACUUUGCAGAGGCCAACAAGGAGAACAAGAACAUAAAGUUCCUGACAGUGGGAUUAACAAAUGAGACACAGAAAGGUUCAAGCAUCUACCUUUAUGAAGACGGCUUUUCUGUCAAUGAGAACUUCGAGCCGCCUUCAAAGCCUGAAACAGUAACAGCAAGUGACAUAAAGCACAACAGUGUGACACUGAAGAUUUCUGCACCCAGAUUUGGAGCAGAGAACAUCACCUCCUACUCUGUAGAGUACUGUGUCAGAGGAGAGGAUGGAUGGCAACAAGAGACAGCAUCAAAAGCUGGAGAAGUCACAGUGAGCCAUCUGAGUCCUAACACAGAGUAUAUGUUCAGAUGCAGAGCAGUGACCUCAGCAGGUGUUGGGCCGGCCAAUGAAGCCAGUGGUUCCAUUAAAACCUUACCUUGCAGCCCUCCUGGAAAACCUCAAGUUGAACCAAACUCAAGUGAGAUCUCAGUCAGCUGGGAGAAACCUGCUGAGCUUGGACAAGAUGUCCAGAUUUUGAGCUACAUCGUGGAGUACGCCAAAACAGACAACAGGGUGAAAGAGGAAGAUCUCCAAUGGAAGCAAAUGAUGUCGAGAGCUGAAAAGGCGAUCAUUUCAGGGCUUCAGCCAGAGACAGAAUAUGUUGUCAGGGUCAGAUGUGACUGUGGUGCAGCUGGAAGAAGCAAGGAGAGCAUCUCUGUUAAUGUCUGCACAACGACAUUUAAACGUCUCACAGAACUCCUCAAAAGUAGAAGUGAAAGGAUAAAUUCUGAAUCACCUUCAGUUUACAAACUGCCUCUGAAAGAAGAAGAUACGGACAUUGAUGGAUGUAGAAGAUACAGUUUUGGAAAAGAAAGCACGAGGAAAAAUCGCACAAUAAUGUUUUUUGGAGCGACCGGAUCUGGAAAGGCGACUCUGAUCAAUGGACUGAUCAACUACAUUCUAGGUGUCGAAUGGGAGGAUUCAUAUCGGUUUAAGUUAAUUGAUGAGGGUCAGUCGACGUCACAGGCUGAAAGUCAGACCUCUGAAGUCACUGUGUACAAAAUCAACCACCAGGAGGGUUUUAAAACAGAAUACUCUCUGACCAUUGUUGACACUCCAGAGUUUGGAGAUACAAGAGGCUUAAUAAGAGAUGAGAGCCUCACAGAACAGCUGUGUAAUCUCUUCUCUGCUGAGCUUGGUGUCAGUGAAAUUGACGCUGUGUGUUUUGUAGCUCAGGCUUCUUUAGCUCAACUCACGCCAACACAGAAAUAUGUGUUUGACUCCAUACUCUCAAUCUUUGGCAAAGAUGUGGCAGAAAACAUCAGGGUUCUGGUGACAUUCGCAGACGGCCAGCGUCCACCAGUUCUAGAGGCAAUCAAUGCUUCAGGUGUCCCAUGUCCUAAAACAAGAGACGGGCUGCCAGUUCACUUCAAAUUCAAUAACUCAGCUUUGUUUGCAGACAACAAAUCAUCUGCAGCAGGCAGCAUGAGUGGGGAUGAUGAGGAUGAAGAUGGAGGCUUUGAUCAGAUGUGUUGGAACAUGGGGACAAAAAGCAUGAAGAGGUUCUUUGCUGCUUUGAAUCAAAUAGAAACCAAAAGCUUGACGAUGACGAAGGAGGUCCUCAGAGAAAGACAGCAGCUCAAAAAUUCAGUUGAAAACUUGCUGAAGCAGUUCAAACUUGGUUUAAACAAACCUGAGAAGAAUCAAGAGGCAAGCCUGAAGAAAAACAAGGGCUUUUGGGAAUCUCUUUUAGAAGUAGGGUAUGAAUGUGCACUUGUGCUUGCUGAUGUACGGAAUCUGAUAGACAGCACUGCAAAGUGUUUAAACAGACUUAAAGAGAUAGCACUGAAACCAGAUCCUCCGUGCACUCCAGAGUACAUCGACAAGCUGAUUGAGAGGGAGAAAUCGGAGGCCAAGCCAGGCUGGAAGCAACGAGUUCAGAUCCUGAAAGUAGUGAGUGGAGUGAAAGAACAAGACGACGAUGAUAAUGAUGAUGAAGAUGAUGUUAAUAAUGAAGAAGAUAAUGAUGAAGAAGAUGAAAAUAUUAAUAAUGAAGAAGAUAUUUAUAAAAAUGAUGAUGAUGUCAGCAUCUUGAAUAUGGUGACAUCAUGUUUAUUUCUAUUAGAGAAUGCACAAGAUGAAGAACUUGAUGUUAGUGGAAUCUUCUUGUUGAAGAAGAUAAUGAUGAAGAAGAUGAUUAUGUCAGUACCGUGAAGAUGGUGACAUCAUGUUUCUUUUUAUCAGAGAAAGUACAUGAUAAAGAACUUGAUGUUGGUGCAAUCCUCUUGUUGAAGAAGAAGAUGAUAAUGUUUGGAUUUAGGAGGAUUUAUUGACAGAAAUGCAAUAUAAUAUCCAUAACUAUGUUUUCAGUGGUGUAUAAAGACCUUACAUAAAGAACCGUUAUGUUUUUAUUACCUUAGAAUGAGACAUUUCUAUCUACAGACACAGCGGGUCCUCUUACAUGGACGCUGUCUUGUUUCUACAGUAGCCUGAACAGACAAACGGCUCUACGGAGCGUGUUUCGUCACUUUGUUUAAUACAUACAAAGAAGAAGGAAGAAGAAGAAGUAAUAGUUGUAGUAGUAGUAAAGCGCUCAGAGAUAACUGUUGUUGUGAUUUGGCGCUAUGUAAAUAAAAUUGAACUGAAAUUGUUAGAGCCGCUGGUAGCAGCCGUGUGUUUUGGUUGCUGUCCAUGUGUUUUCCCAGUAUGCUAAGCAGGUUGUGCAAUCCCCGGCUGAGGAUUGGCUGGUUUCGGUGAGGAACCGUUAGUAUGUAUAUUGUUUGCUGGUUGCAGCAGCUUCACUUCUGUGGCCUGUUUGUGUUUGUUACUGUUAUUACUGAGAGUCAGUAUUUAUUUUGUUGAGAGUAGUCUUUGUGUUAGCUGUUUAGCUAAAGACUCUGUUGCAGCAGUUUAUUUCACUACUGAGAGUCAGUAAGUGUUUAUGUUGUUGUGUUUAUUUUUGUUAAGAGACACCCUUGAGUUAGUUUGUGUUUAACCGUGUGUCUGCAGAGUUGGGCUAGGUUUUAGAGUAAGUACUUUUUGAGUUAGUAAUCCCUGUUUUGGAGGGAUCUCUUUUUGUUAUCUUGAGUUUAUGUUAUCACAGCACCCACUUGCCCAACUUUAGUUUGUUAAAACCUUAAACUUUUCCACCAUACCAAGUGCAUCUGGUUUAUGCAUACGUCCCCUUUCCCCUGGUGAGCUGGGACGUAACAAAAUUGAAUAGUAGUGGUAGUAGUAGUAUUAUUUGGACAAAUGGAACACCGCAUGUAUUAUUUAGCACACGAGCCGACAGAGCUUGUCACCACUGUAGCUCCUCCUUUGAGCUUACAAAGGGAGGGGUGAGCGGUGACUAAGCCGUUGGUUGCAAUUCACAACCCUCACCACUAGAUGCCACUAAAACUUACACAGUGAACCUUUCUGCCCUGCUGGGGAAAUGUUUCACUCCUCUCCAGCUACCAGUCCACACUCCGUACUGACUUCAUACUGGACUUCAAACAGCAUCCCUCCAGUUCCCAAGCUAAGGGACCCUACGGACCCCAAAAGCUGAGUACAUGGCUAACACAGGAGUGGAACUUCUCCAGCUUCCAUAGUGAUCAGGAAGAUUUUUGUGACACAGAUAAAAAAGAACCAAACAGGACAGAGAGUGAUGUACUGAGACAGAGUCUCCAUACUGAGACACCGACACUUCAGUUAUUCUGACCAACAAAAGUAGAAAUGUGUUCGACAUAAAGAGAGAAACUGCUAACUUGUUUGUACAAACGUAUUCCAGCAGGAGUUAUCUGCAGGAAAUCACAGAUUUACCGUGUGUGCUGAUAAAUGUUUGAGUGUGCUGGAAGCAUUAACUGGACAACUUCCUGCCACCAUUUGACCUUUCUGCAUUCUGAUAUGUAUCAUUUACUUUGUGUACUUAUAUUCAUCUUACUGUCCACUAUGUGUACCAGUGUUUCAGCUAUAAUGAACAUCUGUGAGAUAGUUUUAUCUUCUGCCUACUGUUCCUGUGAGAACUAUCAUAGUAUUAAGGUAUCAAGGCUGAGAACAGCUUUCUCGUAGACUCCACAGUUAUCUCCUGCAUUAAAUCCCUGAGUUAUCCUUUCCUCUGGACCAGAGUAUGUGUAUAAAUAAAUAAAUGUUAUUAUUCGAA